UACACGAGCAAGUUUGAAUGUAAGAUCAACAUAAAAGCACGUUGUAGCAAGUGGGCCUUAUGACGGCCUGAAUUUAUUUUCAUUGGCAAUAUUUUAGUGCAACAUUAAUUAAGAAAAGAACAAAGGAACUGAACAUUUCUUAUCAAGUAUCUUCAGUUGUCCUGAGAAAACAUUCUGACUACAAAUUACAAAUCGGAGCAAUCGGCCAGAAAUGUCUGUACGUGAAGGAGAGGAGGCGGUCCAACCCUUCGUUGUCACCAUAGGAGCUACCGUUCCAACAGGGUUUGAGCACACAGCGGCGGAAGAGGUCAAUGAAAAAAUAGGAGCAAGUGCUAGAAUUAGCAAAGACCGAGGCAGGAUAUAUUUUGAAAUAAGAACGGACAACCUCUUUAAGGUGCAUCAUCUGAAGUCUGUAGACAAUCUCUUUGUUGUAGUACAGCAAUAUGACCACUAUCAGUUCAAAGACACAAAGGAAGAGGCAUUAUUAGACCUGCAGCAGCUGGCUCCAAUGCUACCCUGGGUCAGUGCCUUGGAGGUCUGGAAAAUGAACAACUCUGUGAAGAAGAAGAGAGGUCGCAGGCGAGGAGCGGUGGUACCCAAACCAAAGCCCAUUGGAGAUGUGACAGAACCCAAGAAGCUCCAGAUCAAGCCCGGGGCACCACAGGUAGAAGAGAACCAGGAAGGUGGUUCCCCUGGGCAGGAGAACAGCCAUGAGGCAGGCCUGGACCCUGAGGUGGAGGGCCAGGAAAUGGAACCUCAACCCCUGAAGUUCCGUGUCACGUGCAGCAGAGCUGGAGACAAGCACAGCUUCACCUCCAACGAUGCAGCACGAGACUUUGGUGGUGCCGUGCAGGAGUUUUUUCAGUGGAAGGCAGACAUGACCAAGUUUGAUGUGGAGGUGCUGUUGAAUAUCCACAACAAUGAGGUGGUGGUUGGCAUUGCUCUCACAGAGGAGAGCCUACACAGAAGAAAUAUCACACACUUUGGCCCCACGACUCUGCGCUCAACUUUGGCCUAUGGAAUGCUUAGACUUUGCAAGCCACAGAUAUCAGAUGUAGUAGUAGACCCCAUGUGUGGGAGUGGAGCCAUACCUUUAGAGGGAGCCAUAGAGUGGUCACAUUCAUUCUUUCUUUCGGGAGACAACAAUGAUAUGGCCAUCAGUCGAACAGUUAAUAACAUCAGUCAUAUUCUGAAGAGAAGGCAAGAUGGAGGAAGCACUUGCCCAGGUUUACCUAUAGAUACUGCACAAUGGGACUUGUGCCAUCUGCCCAUGAGGUCAAGCUCUGUUGAUAUCAUCAUUACUGACAUGCCCUUUGGAAAGAGAAUGGGUUCCAAAAAGAAGAACUGGGAUCUGUACCCAUCUUGUCUUCGAGAAAUGGCCCGGGUCUGCAGACCAGGAACAGGAAGGGCUGUACUUCUUACCCAGGACAAAAAAUGCUUCACUAAGGCACUAGCACGGAUGGGGGGGCUGUGGAGAAAAUCGCACACUGUUUGGGUGAACGUAGGAGGGUUACAUGCUGGGGUUUUUGUGCUGCGACGCACGGGGGCGUUUUUUGGCACGACACCAGAAGACGUGUGUGAACCUAAAAAGGUUCCUGAGUCACAGGAGGAAGACAUGGAGGAAAAGGAUUAAUCUGCAAUGUCUAAAAGAUCGACCAUCUAUCGGAAAUGGAUGCUUAUCCAUAACCUGCCAAGAAGUUAUUUUACCCCUCCAAGUCUUGUCAAGCCUCUCUGGUUUAGUUCUGAAUUCAUUUCACAAGUCAGAAGAUUUUAGAAUGAUUCCAGUGUAGGUUUGUGAAAUAUGCAUAUAUAGAUCUCACAGUUUGGUUCUCUCAAUCUAAAAUAAGUGUGUAUGUUUAAUAAAUGUGUGAAAACUCCA